AUGAUCCCGACGACCCUUUCGGCCCUGCUCGGGCUUUUACCCCUGGUCUCUGCGGGUUGUCCUUAUGCCGCCACCCAUAACAUCAAGCGCGAUGUUCGGGCCGCGAGAGUGGAGGAGCGGGCUUCUGUCGACACGCUCUCCAAUUCCUUCGGCAAGUGCCCGACAAUCAGCGAUGCAGCUGGCCGCGGGACCCGGAGCGAUGAUUGGUGGCCGUGCCAGCUGAAACUGGACGCCCUCCGCCAGUUUGCGUCCGAGCAAAACCCCUUGGGAGGAGACUUCGACUAUGCCGCCGCAUUCGCUACCCUGGACUACAAGGCACUCAAGUCGGAUCUCAAGGCAUUGCUGACCCAGUCUCAACCCUGGUGGCCAGCCGACUUCGGAAACUAUGGCGGUUUGUUCAUCCGUAUGGCCUGGCACAGCGCCGGCACUUAUCGCGUCUUUGAUGGCCGUGGUGGCGGCGGAAUGGGCCAGCAACGCUUUGCGCCGCUGAAUAGCUGGCCGGACAACGGUAACCUCGACAAAGCCCGUCGCUUGCUGUGGCCCAUCAAGCAGAAGUAUGGCAAGGCCAUCUCGUGGGCCGACCUCAUGAUCCUGGCCGGCAACGUGGCCCUCGAGGAGAUGGGUUUCCCCGUGCUUGGCUUUGGUGCCGGGCGCCCCGACACCUGGCAGUCGGACGAGAGCGUCUACUGGGGCUCCGAGACCACCUGGGUGCCCGAAGGUAACGACGUCCGCUACAACGGCAGUACCGACUAUGCCGCACGCGCCGAGCAGCUGCAGAAACCGCUUGCUGCUACCCACAUGGGCCUGAUCUACGUCAACCCCCAGGGACCGGAUGGCAACCCCGACCCCAAGUUGUCUGCCUUGGACAUCCGCGCCACCUUUAGCCGUAUGGGCAUGAACGACUCGGAAACUGUCGCCUUGAUUGCCGGAGGGCACGCGUUUGGCAAAGCGCAUGGCGCAUCGGGUGCUACCCUUGGUCCUGCACCAGAAGGCGCAACCCUUGAGGAACAAGGCUUUGGCUGGGCCAAUAAUGUUGGCACCGGCAACGCUGGCGACACUGUCACAAGCGGACUGGAAGUCAUCUGGACCAGGACGCCAACGAAAUGGAGCAAUGAUUUCCUGACCGGCCUGUUCAAGCACAACUGGACUCUGGUUAAGAGUCCGGCUGGUGCCGUUCAGUUUGAAGCGCUCGGAGCACCUGCUGAGUAUCCCGACCCUUUCAACAAGACCUUCCGCCGUCCUACUAUGCUUGUCAGCGAUCUUGCCUUGCGCGACGACCCGGUUUAUGGAAAGAUUGCACGUGCCUGGGCCGACGACUUCCAGGCAUUGACCACGGCCUUCGCCGAAGCUUGGUUCAAACUCACCCACCGUGACAUGGGCCCCAUCGUCCGGUAUCUCGGCCCUGAGGUACCGCAGCAGCGUUUCCCAUGGCAGGAUCCUCUUCCCACGGUCAAGUACCCUCACAUCACCGAGGCCGACCAGGAGAAGCUGAAGUCCGAUAUCCUCGCCGCCCCUGGCGUGACUAUUUCCAGCCUCGUGUCCGUUGCAUGGGGUUCCGCCUCGACCUUCCGUAGUGGUGACAAACGCGGCGGCGCCAACGGGGCCCGGAUCGCCUUGGAACCCCAGGUCUCGUGGGAAGUGAAUAACCCAAAGCAGUUGCAAACCGUGCUUUCUGCCAUCAAGGACGCCUUCAACAGCGCCAACAAGCAGGGCAAGCAGGUGUCGCUCGCCGACCUGAUCGUGCUCGGCGGCAACGCAGCCAUCGAAAAAGCCGCCGCAGCGGCUGGUUACAAGAACCUCCGUGUCCCUUUCACGGUCGGGCGUGUCGACGCCACCCAGGCUGACACGGACGUGGCCAGCUUCGAGCACCUCAACCCGCAGGCUGACGGGUUCCGCAACUUCCGCAACGUGUCGGGCUGGGCUCGGGCGCGCACCGAGGAGCUGCUCGUCGAUAAGGCGCAGCAGCUGACACUGACGGCGCCCGAGAUGACGGUCCUUGUCGGCGGCAUGCGCGCACUGGGCGCCAACUACGACGGCUCCUCGCGCGGCAUUCUCACAGCCCGCCCCGGCACGCUCACCAACGAUUUCUUCACCAACCUGCUUGACAUGGCCACCGUGUGGAUGCCCGAGCCGGGAGCCGAACUGUUCACGGGCAAGGACCGCGCGACGGGCGCAAACAAGUGGACGGCCACACGGGCAGACCUCGUCUUUGGCGCACACGCCGAGCUGAGGGCCAUCGCUGAGGUCUACUCGGAGGCGGGCGGGCAGGACAAGAUGGUCGCUGACUUCAUGGCUGCUUGGGCCAAGGUGAUGGAUCUGGACCGGUUUGAUGUCAAGAAGAAAUAG